GUCGGGUCCCUAUCGCCGCGCUCUUGGCGCUGUCCCAGCCCUCUUCAUCUAACUAGCGAAAACAUUUUCGGGAAGAAUAAAGAACUCUUACAGACCUGUAAGACCUGUUCCAACAACGCGCUCACAGUUCACUGAGAGGCCUACUUCACCGGAGCGGACUGACUAUGUUGAGAAAGAAAUCGGCAUUGGGCGAACUCGUAGGCUGUCUAAUCUUGCUUGUCGCGGUCUGUGAUGCCCAUCGAUCUGCAGUUCAUUCAGCGUUACAAUGACGUUCCCCACGCUGACGAAUAUCCUUUUUCUUGUUGCGCAGGCUUUAAAUAGGCGCCAGCACGUGGGGAGAUAAGUCCCAGUGCAAAAAUAGGCUAAUCUUGCUAAUCUAUAUAAAGUUUGUUAUUUUCAUAAUGGCCAAAGUAAUGAUUGAACUACGUCACUGAAUACAUUAAAUGGGUGCAUUUUGUAGCCUGCAACUUGUGGUACAACAUCAUGCACAGCCUAUUGUUGUGUUCAUCAGUGUCACGCUUGCAAGAUAAAAUGUUUGUACUAAAUAAGUUAUAACAUACCUUUCAUUGAAGGAAGACUUCAUAACCCUGUGUUUGUCUCCAUAACUUCCUUCCCAGCGGGGUAUGGCACCCAUAUCCUCAUGUGUUGCCCCCGACAGUAACCUAUGACCCGCAUCUCAGGUCUUUGAUCCAUGCUGGUCAGAAACAGUAUAGCAGCACACCUGCUGCAGCAGGAGACUUGCUCAAUUCAGCCACAACAAAACUGGUCAAAGAAAGAUGGCAAAUCAUGACCAUGGCAUUAUAAGGUUCUAUCUGCGGUUUGAGAGUUUUUGAGAUAUGGAGCUUCAAACAUACGAAAGUGAAAUCUUGACGCAGAGUACAGCAUCGCAGUUCCUGUCACGCCGCCGGCGGGCAAAUGCGCUCUUUGAGGAGAGCAAAAAGGGAAAUCUGGAGCGAGAGUGUAUCGAGGAGAUGUGCAACAAAGAAGAGGCACGGGAAGUCUUUGAAAACGACCCUGAGACUAGAAUUUUGGAGGGCACAUGCAGAACAUCUGCUAACUGUGGUCAGACUCCCAAACACUGCCUCAUUGACCUCUCUUUCUUACAGGAGUACUUUUAUCCCAACUAUGUAGCAUGCUUAGGGUCGCACCGUGUAGGGAUCAAUACCCCGGUCUCUGGGCCCGCUGACCUUCGCACAUGUGUGAAACUGAUCAGUGACCAGUGCAACCCUCUGCCGUGCUAUAAGGACGGCCAUGAGCGCUGCAUCGAUGGACUGGGCGACUACACCUGCGUCUGCAAGCCCGGCUGGAGGGGUAAAAACUGUGACGAGGACAUUGAUGAGUGCACUGACGUGGAGUUCCUAGCUGGCUGUGACCAGAAGUGUUACAACUUCCCCGGGAGUUUCCGGUGUAUGUGUGGGGAUGGCUACUUCUCCAGCGACAAGAUCCACUGCACAGACAUUAACGAGUGUCGGCUAUACCCCGGUAUCUGUGAGCUGGCCACCUGCAUCAACACCCCGGGCAUGUACGAGUGCCAAUGUCCAACGGGCUACAAGUACAACUUCACCUCCCGCACCUGCCAGGAUGUGGACGAGUGCAAACAGGAGGCUUGUAGGGGGCAGUGCGUCAACACCAUGGGCAGUUUCUCCUGCCACUGCAACGGGAGGCAGGGCCUGCAGCUGGUGGAGGACAGGCGGUCCUGCGAGGCGAUCCCGGUGUGUGUUCAGCUGCUCCACUCCACGGAUGCGGAGAUGUUGUACCUGGGCGAGCAGUUUGCAGGCUUACCUGUGAUCUACCUGCGCUUCCGCCUGCCAGAGAACACCAAGUUUGCAGCUGAAUUUGACUUCCGAACGUUCGAUCCGGAGGGAGUGAUCCUGUACGCGGAGUCAUCCCCGGAGUCCUGGUUCAUGCUGGGUCUGCGGGCCGGACGCAUCGAGGUGCAGUUCAAGAACCAGCACUCCGUCAAGGUCACCAGCGGGGGGAAGGUCAUCAACGACGGCGAGUGGCACGUGAUCUCGGUGGAUGAACUGGAGCGCAGUAUUAGUGUGAAGAUCAGUAAGGAAGCCGUCAUGAGCAUCAACAGCCCUGACAGCCUCUUCACCUCCGUCAAUGGGAUACUGGAGACCAAGGUGUACAUCGCUGGGCUGCCCAACCGCACCGACAGCGUCAUCAAACCGAUCAACCCCAGGCUGGACGGCUGCAUCCGAGGGUGGAACCUGAUGAACCAGGGGUCGUCAGGGGUCAAAGAGGUCAUCCAGGAGAAGCCGAGCAAGCACUGCUUCGUGCAGGUGGAGCCAGGGUCUUACUUCCCCGGGGAGGGCCUCGCCCGUUUCCACGUGAAUUACAGCGCAGCGGAGUCCUGGAGAGUGGACCUGUUGCUCUACAUCCGCCCGUCCAGCAGCACGGGGGUCGUGUUCGCCCUGGUCAGCAACGACACCGUGCCGCUGUCCGUCUCCCUGCAGUCUCGAGGACAAGACGAUGCGGACCUGCAGGUUUUCAUCGGGGAGGUUCGUGUAGCCACUCUGCAGUCUGUGAUGCUCUGCUAUCCAGAGCGUAUGCUUCUGGAGCUGAGCGUCUCCGAGACCAAUCUCCAAAUCACUGCCAACUCUUCCACCAUUUUGUAUGCCGAGCCGAGCGUCCUGGAAUCCAGGCUGUCCGCCCUCAACUCCAGCAUGCAGGGUGGCGUGGAGACCUUCAUCGGGGGCGUCCCAGAGCUUCCUGUCACGGCCACUCCUGUGUCGGCCUACUAUCAUGGCUGCAUGGAGAUCACCGUCAACAGCAAGCGACUGGACUUUGACGAAGCCUUGAGCAAACACAACAGCAUCAAAUCCCACUCCUGCCCCCCCGUGUCAACGACAGGAGAUACUUCCUUCCACCACAACUGAUCUGCAGGAAAUGAUGUCAUACCAGAAGGGCUCUGGCACGUGACCUCAUCGAUGUUUCCCAGAUUCAGCACAUUCAGUGGUCUGUUCCUGUAUCUCAUCACGUUAGACCCACUGCAUGUGCUUUAUGUUUCACCCUCGUUCCUGUUCCAAAAGAUUUUAGAGAUUUUUAACAUUGUUUCAGUUGUUAAUAAUUAUAGAAAUCAUAAAACAAAUUAUGGUACAUGUAAGGCUAAAAUACCAGGAUUUUAUUUUUCUGUAUUUCCUCACCAGGAUAUUAUUUUACUUUUACUGUUUUGAUAAUGAUGCAUGCUCUUAGACUAUGGCCAGUGGUACACCUACCCAACCACUCCAAAUGGGGAUGUUUGUCACGACCUGAUUGGUCAAUUUAAUGAAGUUGCUGAAAGAGAAUGGUAGAUCCUGUCUGCCAAGAGUGUACGUGUAGAAUCCUGAUAAUUUAUCCUGAUAAUCCUGAUAAACAGGAAUUUAACAGGAGCCAAUCAGAUAUGUGAAAUACAGCAACCUGUGUAUUGGGAGGGUACUAUUCCAACUGCUGCACUGGAAAACAAAUCUAUACAAGCAGGGUAGGCAACAAUGCUGUUAUUAUUCGCCAAUGUCUUAAAGUAAAUACAGAACUUGCUUGACUGCAUUUGUUUUGUGAAAGAGAAAAACAUUUCAUGAAUCGAAAGUUUGGAACUAAAGCAAAACUAAAAAGAAACCUAGAAAAAGAAAACAAAUCCUGUGAUAUAUGACAAAAUGCAAAAUAAAAGUUCUUUGAACAGAAUUUCAGUCCAAUGAUUGGCUAAAGAAAUAGUGGCAAUAAUAAUGGUGGUACUGUAUGCUGUCUGUCUGAAUUUUCCACAUUGUUUUGUACUUCUCAUGGAGACUCGGUGAGUGGCCCUGCUGGAACAGUAUGAGAAGAUGCAGUAUGUCUGUCCUGAAUGUUCUGAAAUUACUUUUUACCCUGACCCUUUACCCUUUGAUUCUCCAGUAGUCUUUAUAUGCAUCCUGAUGUUUCCCCUGACCUAAAGCUGGACUCUAGAGGGGUGGGAAUAUAGGUUAUUGCAAGCUAUGAGCUAUGAGUUUCACUUUUCAACCAAAUGUACCCAGGUUUUCAACUGACAGCAUCUCAUCAGACUUUUCACCAUUCAGCCACAGCACCAUACUUGCCAGCCCCUGGUUACCCAAUGGAUUCCCCACCUACCAAGCAGCACUGCUUAUUGUCAUCUAUUUUAUAAGCGAUAAAAUCACACAAUGUUGUGUCAGUUAUUUUUGGACCCCAGUAAGAAGGUAUUCCAAACUUCCUUUUCCUCUAUCUUGGUAAUAAUGAACAGAACAAUGCCACAGGCAAUUAGUUGAUGUGUCUUGGCUUUACUUCUUGGGUCCUCAUCGUUGGCACUGUUUGUUGUUAACAAAGUAAUCCUCAAUUGGUGGAGCUCCUUUCUGGUUUACAUACAAAAGGUGACAACAUUAUUUAAGUCCAAUUUCAUUAUCCCUGAAAACUAAGAGGAAGGUGGGAUAAAGGGUACAAUCAGAGGAAAGACAUAACUGAACAGAAAUUGUAUCAGGCUGACUUAUCAUAAUGCAAGGAUUGUGUCUAGGACUAUAUUUUUGGCUUUUUUCUGAAAUGAAAAAAAGAAAUUUUUACUGAAUAUCUUGGUUUUUUUUCUCUCUCGACAUGUUGCAGCCACAAUAUGUAAAUAAAAACAAGAUCUUGUUCAUGUGUAGUGAUGUUUUUAAUCAUGUAUUACGUGUUUGGUUGGUUUAUUUCAUUAAAGAUUGCUUAAAAUAAA